AUGUCGCCACCUGUGGAUGAGAUAACUGCAGGAGGUGUCGCACAUAUGCAAGCUCCUCAAAGUCAGCCUCUACGGCGGUCAGGACGUGUGAGACUACAGAAUCCCAAGUACUUUAAUUCUCACUUUGUUAAUUUCACAACAAAGCAUGACUUGCCUACGUUACUAGAGCCGACCUCUGUAACUCAAGCCCGCAAGUCUCCAGAAUGGUGUAAUGCUAUGAACGACGAAUAUCAGGCGUUGCUACGAAAUAACACGUGGGAGUUAGUACCACCCUCGUCUCAUACUCCAAUUGGGUGUAAAUGGGUUUUCCGAAUCAAGCGAAAACCUGAUGGGUCUGUUGAACGGUAUAAAGCCCGGCUGGUUGCUAAGGGGUAUUUACAAGAAGCAGGCAAGGACUACUUUGAUACGUUCAGCCCGAUUACAAAGCCGGCAACGAUAUGA